CAGACCGGCCUAUCACAGCUGCAAAACCUCUUCUUCGUGGCUUACAGCAGCCAGAUCUAUGUCUACGUGCCGCACUUCUCCACGCAGGCACUGCCGCCCAAGCCUGCACUCAUUGUGCCCUCGCAGCCAUCGACACCGGCACUCCAAGGCUAUUUGGAUUCAACUAAUCCACAUUCGAUCAAUAACCUAGUCGUACAGUUCCUCGGCAACGAAGAAGUCGUAGCUGUUGUGCGAGACGACGGCGAUGUCGAUGCUUUCCUCGUGCGACACAUUCUCCAAGCAAUCGAAAGACGAACCGAGCACCAUGGUCGCAUUGAUACUCGAGCCGACGAAGUGAAGCCGAUCUUCCAAAGCAAUGUUGGAAAGUCGGCGUGGGGAUUGGCAAUCCACUCCCAAGCGCGCAUACUUGCAGUCAGUGCCAACACGCAUAGCAUCACUGUCUUCAAGUUUGGACUGGUC